GGAGUAGUUGGUCAACAUGCUUAGAUAUUAGCAGGCACGUAGAUGUAUAUCUGAUUUUGAAAAUGGCAGAGGGUAACAACAACAAAGAGGUCAUUCACUUGAACAACUUCCACUGCCACCGGGGACAAGACUGGAUCAAUCUCAGAGAUGGACCCAUCACCAUAUCCGACUCCUCUGAUGAAGAAGGGACUCCAAUGCUGCUCACUCCAGUUGCUCAACAGCAUGAGGAAGACGACUUGGAUGAUGUCAUCCUGACAGAAAUAAGUACACCUCAGACAUCACGACCCAAUCUCAUCAAACCAGCUGCCCGGUGGCAAGAUCUGAAAAGAUUGGAAGAAAGGCCUGUAAAGUCUAGCACAGCAUUUGAAUCAGAUAAGAACAGCUAUUUUUCAGUGUGUAACAACUCAUUGUUUGAUUCUGGGGCACAGGAUGAUUCUGAGGAUGAUUACGGUGCCUUUCUGGAUCUGGAGCCUCCUGAAGUCUCUGAAUUCACCAAGUCCAGUGGCCAAAGAGGAAGAGAACCCCAACCUGGACCAAGUCAUAGCGAAGCAGCAAAUGACAUUCUCAACCCCAGAUCAGAGAAAAAAAUCCUCUUGGAGGAUAGUCACCUUGUUUUCUCAGAAAGUGACCACCUGGACCAAUUUUCAGACGAUUCGGAGACAGAGCUUGGAGAACCUGCUACAAUCGCAGAAGAUCAAACCAUCGAGGAAGACUGCUGGUUAGGCCAUCCUUACUUGCAGUCUCUAAACCAAGAAGCUCAGGAAAGACCAAGCCAGGUUGUUCCUCAGGAGCGUCGCCCUGAAGCAGAACUAGGUCCACGGUUGUUUCAGCAUGAACCCCCAGGGCCAGCUUUCCCACGGCCAGAGCCCCAGCAGGAUGAGAUUCCAGGCCCCUCGUCCCCUCAGUCUACCCAUCCUUUAAGAGAACUUGAAGACCAACAGUUAGCAAUAGAUAACAACAGGCCAGGGCCAGCCUUUCCAGUGCAAGGAUCUCAGGAGCCCACUUUGGAAAACGUUUGGGGGCAAGCAGCUACUGAAGUAGAUCAGGAACUUGUUUCAUUUUUAGUGAAAGAAACGGAAGCAAGAUUUCCAGAUGUAGCAAAUGGGUAUAUUGAGGAAGUAAUUCGCUUGAAGAAUUACUAUGAUUUGAAUGUACUUUGUAACUUUCUUCUGGAAAACCCAGAUUAUCCAAAGAGAGAAGAUAGAGUCAUCAUAAACCCCAGCAGCAGCCUUCUUGCCAGCCAAGACGAGAUAAAGUUGCCUAAAAUAGACUUUUUUGACUAUUCUAAACUGGCUCCUCUUGACCAGCGCUGCUUCAUCCAAGCUGCUGACCUCCUGAUGGCCGACUUCAAAAUGCUCAGCAGUCAGGACAUCAAGUGGGCCCUGCAUGAGCUCAAAGGACACUAUGCAAUCACCCGAAAGGCCUUUUCUGAUGCCAUUAAAAAAUGGCAGGAACUAUCGCCAGAAACCAGUGGAAAAAGGAAAAAAAGAAAAGAAAUGAAUCAGUAUUCUUACAUAGAUUUCAAAUUUGAACAAGGUGAUGUGAAAAUAGAGAAGAGGAUGUUCUUCCUAGAAAAUAAACGGCGGCAUUGCAGGUCCUAUGAGCGCCAUGCCCUCCUUCCAGCCGUGCAGCAAGAGCAGGAGUUCUAUGAGCAGAAAGUCAAGGAGAUGGCCGAGCAUGAAGACUUUUUGCUCGCCUUGCAGAUGAAUGAAGAACAGUAUCAGAAGGAUGGUCAGCUGAUUGAAUGCCGCUGCUGCUAUGGGGAAUUUCCCUUUGAGGAGCUGACGCAGUGUGCAGACGCGCACUUGUUCUGCAAGGAAUGUCUCAUCCGAUAUGCUCAAGAGGCCGUCUUCGGGUCCGGAAAAUCUGAGCUCAGCUGCAUGGAAGGCAGCUGCACAUGCUCCUUCCCAACCAGCGAGCUGGAGAAGGUGCUUCCUCAAACCAUCCUGUACAAAUACUACGAGCGGAAAGCUGAGGAGGAGGUCGCUGCUGCCUAUGCCGACGAGCUGGUCAGGUGCCCCUCCUGCAGCUUCCCUGCUCUGCUGGACAGUGACGUGAAGAGGUUCAGCUGUCCCAAUCCUCGCUGCCGAAAGGAAACCUGUAGGAAGUGUCAAGGCCUCUGGAAAGAACACAAUGGCCUCACCUGUGAAGAGCUGGCUGAGAAAGAUGACAUCAAGUACCGAACGUCUGUUGAAGAGAAGAUGACAGCCGCCCGCAUCAGGAAAUGCCACAAGUGUGGGACCGGACUCAUCAAGUCCGAAGGCUGCAACCGCAUGUCCUGCCGCUGCGGGGCCCAGAUGUGCUACCUCUGCCGGGUGUCCAUCAAUGGCUACGACCACUUCUGCCAGCACCCUCGGUCGCCAGGAGCCCCCUGCCAGGAGUGUUCCAGAUGCUCACUCUGGACAGACCCUACUGAAGAUGACGAGAAGCUCAUCGAGGAGAUCCAGAAGGAGGCCGAGGAGGAGCAGAAGAGAAAGAACGGAGAGAACACCUUCAAGCGCAUCGGACCCCCCUUGGAGAAGCCCCCAGAGAAAGUACAGAGGAUCGAGGUCUUGCCGCGACCUGUCCCUCAGAAUCUGCACCAGCCGCAGAUCCCCUACGCCUUCGUGCACCCGCCCUUCGCCCUGCCGCCUGUGCGGCCCAUCUUCAACAACUUCCCCCUCAACAUGGGCCCCAUCCCUGCGCCCUACGUGCCCCCCCUGCCCAACAUGCGGGUCAACUAUGACUUUGCCCCCCUCAACGUCCCCCUGGAGCACAAUCUGCCCAUGCACUUCGGUCCCCAGCCGAGACACCGGUUCUGACAGGCCCAAA